AUGAGCUCAACUGAAGGAAAGGUGAUCACUUGUCGAGCCGCUGUUUGUUGGGGACCAAAGAAUUUAACGAUUGAAGAGGUUCAAGUAGAUAUACCGCAUUCACAUGAGUUGAGGAUUAAGGUACUCUACAAUGCUUUAUGUCAUACGGAUGUCUCGGUGAUUGAGGGACUCAUUGACAGUGCCUUGUACCCAGCAAUCGUCGGUCACGAGUGCACGGGCGUCGUGGAGAGCAUUGGGGAUGGGGUGCAAGGAUUUGAGAUUGGAGAUCAUGUCAUUCUUACACCGUUGCCUCAAUGCAAAAAUUGUUCAAUGUGUGCUCGAGGGGAUACUAAUUUUUGCGAGCGAACAAAUAUCGCUGGAGUGACUCAUACGACUGAAGACGGGUCAACAAGAUUCACUUGUAAAGGGAAAAAGAUCCAUCACGCUUUCGGUUGUACAGCUUUCAGCGAAUAUACUGUUGUCAGGGAUAUAAAUCUUGGAAAAAUCAACUCAAAAGCUCCAAUGGAAAAGUCGUGUUUAGCUGGUUGUGGAUUGGCAACUGGAUAUGGAGCAGCUGUCAAUACAGCUCAGAUUAAAAAAGGUGAAACAGUGGCGAUUUUUGGCGGUGGUUGCAUCGGUUUGUCAGCUGUUUUGGGCGCAAAACACUCGGGUGCCAGUGAAAUCUUUCUAAUCGAUAUAAAUCCAACAAAAUUCCCGUAUGGUGAGAAAAUGGGCGCCACAAAAUUCGUCAAUCCAAACGAUUGCCCGAAAGAGAGACAAUUUUCAGAAUGGUUCAAGACAACUUAUGGAGCUGUGGAUAAAGCGAUUGAAGCGGCUGGGAAUGUGAAGUGUCAAGUGCAAGCUGUGGAGAUCGUGAAAAUCGGUUGGGGUCGAGCGGUGAUCCUUGGAGCGCCGCCAUCAGACCACAAGAUGGAGCUAAGCCCGUGGGAGCUGUUGAACGGGAAAACAGUAGUCGGGGGAUGUGUGGGAGAUUAUCACGUUUGCGACGAUUUGCCAAAACUUGUCGAGAAAAUCGUGACUGGUGAGAUCAAUGUCGAUCCAUUGAUUACCCAAAAGAAUCUCGAAUUGGAUGAGAUUUGCGAUGCGGUCAAAUUAAUGAACGAGGGGAAAUGUAUCCGUGCCGUUUUCAAAUUGGCGAGGGAU